AUGGAUAUUGCAGAGGGUGAUAUUAAGGUUACAACCUUGUCUGGUAAAUCUGCAACUUUUCCAUAUCAACCACAAAAGUUUGAAGCAGAGUUCAAAACUCCUCCAAAUAAACAACGUUUACUUUACCAGGACAAAGAGUUGAAGGUAUGUUCUUCCUGUUCACUGUUAUUUAAUUAAAAGACGCGAUUAUAUCCUGGAUGACUGCUCAUAUAUAAGUUCGAAUCGUGUUAACCAAGGAUCUUUUGUGUAUUUUAUUGCCAUUUAAUAUCAUGGGUGAAAAAAUAACUAACUAGCGCGCGAAGACUACUCGCAUUGCUAGUCAGAUCAAUUAUUUUAAGCGACAUCACCAAAACUAUAUUAAAUAAUAACAAUAAUUUAAUUAGAAUAACGUGGCUCAUGAUCCAAUAAUGACCCAUUCAUACAACUUUUACUUGACCUAUGUUGACACGUCCAAUUCCACCAUGCAAUUAUAAUUGAAAUAAAUAAGUGUGGUUAACAAAUAAAUGUUGUGCAAAACGUAUUAAUGAACACAUUUAAAUUUAGACAAAUUAAAUAAUAAAGAAGUAAAAGUAAAUAAAAUGUGCCUUGAUGGUGAGCUUUGUCAGUUUGUCGUGUUAGCAACCCUCCAAUUAAGAACUCGUAAGAUAGAAGCUUUGUGGGGAAGCUGCAUGCUGGUUGUCUUGGCCCCAUCCAGGUUUCUUGUAUAUUGCAGGUUUUUCCUGGCCUCCCUGACUAUCCAGCUAUAGUAUGAGUGGUAGUAAUGCUCAAAUAUAUCUCAACUAUCAUCUGGAAGCAGCUGUCUUCUAUAUGAAUACAGUUGUGGUGGGAGUUUGUCUACCGGGAAUACACAUGCUGUGUAUUUGUGGGAUUGAAGUGUUCCCAAUGGUCAACUUUAGGCCCAUAUACUCAGGUUAUUUAAUGUAAAUAUAAUCAGUCGAAUCGUAGGUAUUGUCCAAGAUUCACAGUAUGUUGAAACUACAGUAGGCAAGUCGCAGGACACGCGUGGGCAUCUCCGGCCUUUUAAGAACGCAAGUUUGUAAAACAAGUACUUUUCAAAGUUAUUACUUUGUUAGGAUUGUAAAGCUAUGGAACUAUAUGUAAACUCUCCUCCUUCCAACUGCUGCGACACUCGAUCUCUCCACCUUUAAAUCAUACCUAGACAAGACUUACCUCACCUGACUGCUACUGCCUAUAUAUACACUCCUGACUUACCUAGCUCACACUCAUUGAUCACGACUAACUAAUAUCUUCCAGGUCUUACAUUCCACCACUUCUCGCUUCUAUGCUUCUAGUUUUCCAUUCAUCUUUCAUUUUUCUGUUCUAUAUUUUUCUUGCUCUUCUAUACUAUCUCAUCCAGUGGUGAGUACUACACGCAUCGGACCUAGCCUCUCUUGUGUUUUGCCACGUUUGACACCUUCUACUAUAUAUAGUUACUAUUCUCCAUAUUUUUGUUCAGUGUAAUUAUCUAUGUAAGUUAUGUACUAUAUUGUCAAGUUAUCUACGUGCCAAUUAAAGCUGUUAAAUAAAAUGAAUAAAUAAAUAAAUUAUUAUUCAGCUCACUCCCCAUUGGGGUUUUUCAGUGACCGACGACUUUCGGCAGAUCGGCAGAGCGCUGACAGACUUUUUCACUUGAGUCCGUAGCAAGAAUCAAACCCACGAUCUCAGAGGUGAAAGGCGCUUGCUCUGACGACUGCUAUAUUUAAUGAAUUAGAAUAUACUAAUCACCUAAUAAUGAAGGAUAUUUUUCAUUAGAAUAUCCAAUCAUUAAAAAAUCACACAUCAUCUAGAUUGACACCUCUGGAUUGACACGAGGACUUUUAUAUCUUUUAGACAAAAGAUGAAAGUAACAAGGAAUUGACGCUAGAAGAUUUCAAUAUACCAUCGAACAGUACCCUCCAGCUCAUAGUUAUACUUUGUGAUGUUUCUGACGAUCUAGAUGAGCUUGUUUUCGACUUUUGUUGGGGAUUGCCAAGAAGGCAACAGAAAGACUACUUGGAUGUUUCCGUUUUUAUUUAUAGCGGUGAAUCAAAUGUUGGCACAAUAUAUUUUAGAAACCGUUCAAUACGUGAUUGCCCUGGCGUUAAACACUCUGGUCCUGCUGAUAUGGAUUACACAAAAGGAGAGGGUCAUCACAGGGUAGAUAUAUCUCUAAAAUCAGUUCCUCGACACAUUGAUAAAAUUGUGUUCACUUUGAGUGCCUGGCGUUCAUCUAGUGUCUCGGCAUAUCGCUUCCGCAGACUUCGUUUCUUUGAUGUUGAUUUUCCUGAUCAGGAACUUUGUAGCGACGAUAUAAGCGGUCUUGUGCACAAUGAAUCGAUCAUAAUGUGUUGCCUGUCAAGAAAACAAAGUAAAUGGAGAGUAUUUAGUCUUAAGUGUGGCGCUGAGGGAUGCACUAAGAAUUUCGCACCACUUCGAGAAAAAAUUCAGGAACUUAUACAAAGGAAAACGAUACCAUAA